AUGAGGGGAGAGAACAUCACCAAGGUCAGCGCGUUCAUCCUGCUGGGCUUCCCCACAGCCCCCAGGCUGCAGUACCUGCUCUUCCUCCUCUUCCUGCUCGCCUACCUCUUUGUGCUGACGGAGAACCUGGCCAUCAUCCUCACUGUCUGGAGCAGCGCCUCUCUCCACAGGCCCAUGUACUACUUCCUGGGCUCCUUGUCUUUCCUAGAGAUCUGGUAUGUGUCAGACAUCAUCCCUAAGAUGCUGGACGGCUUCCUCCUGCAGAGGAAACACAUCUCCUUCAUUGGAUGCAUGACUCAGCUCUACUUCUUCAGUUCCCUGGUGUGCACAGAGUGUGUACUCCUGGCUUCCAUGGCCUAUGACCGCUAUGUGGCCAUCUGCCAUCCCCUGCGCUACCAAGUCAUCAUGACCACGGGGCUGUGUGUCCAGCUCGUGGCCUUCUCUUUUGCUAGUGGCUUCACUAUCUCUGUGAUCAAGGUCUACUUUAUCUCCAGUGCUACCUUCUGUGGCUCCAAUGUCUUGAACCACUUUUUCUGUGACAUCUCCCCCAUCCUCAAGCUGGCCUGCACCGACUUCUCUACUGCAGAGCUGGUGGACUUCGUCCUGGCCUUCAUCAUUCUGGUGUUCCCUCUCCUGGCCACCAUUCUGUCCUAUGGCCACAUCACCCUGGCUGUGCUUCGUAUCCCUUCGGCCACGGGAAGGUGGAGGGCCUUCUCCACCUGUGCCUCCCACCUUACUGUGGUCACCUUCUUCUACAUGGCCAUGAUCUUCAUGUAUGUGAGGCCCCAGGCCAUUGAUAGCCGGAGCUCCAACAAGCUCAUCUCUGCUGUGUACACUGUCCUCACACCCAUGAUGAAUCCUUUGAUCUACUGUCUGAGGAACACUGAAUUUAAGGAUGCUGUGAGAAGGACCCUGGGAUUGGGCACUACUCUCAGUAGACAUUAA